GAGUUCCGCUUCGCUAAAUAGUAGCCUUCGACCUCGCCAACAUGUCUUAACUGUAGCGACGCGCAACUGUGACCCAUUUCGGAAAGAAACAUGUCGAGGACCGUUUCGGCGAGUUUUAAACUGUCUUCAAUUUUAUUGUUCGUUUUGAUGUUGAGCUUUAGGACGGCGACAUCGCAGGAGAACGAUAAGUCCACGCUGUCCGAAGAGGAAUGGGCAGCGACGUCGCACUCAGAGGGCAUCCCCGAACUUGCGGAGGGCGAGGAUCCGAUGUUCCUCAAGCGUCAGUUCAAAACGGCUGAGAUGGCCGAUGCCGUGAUGGGGAGUGAGGCCGCCAUCGACCCGUCCGACAUGGAAUCUCUCUUCCCCAAGAACGUCCAAGACGUCCGGUCGGGCUUCUCGCCGCCUUGUGACGACGGUGCAGAGUGUCCCCCCGCCGAGGACGAAGAUGCCGAGAUGUCUCAGCAGGUGACAUUGGAAAUGGUCCACGCUCCCGCCGCCGAGGAGAAGAACGCAGAGGCCGCCAAGACCUUUAAGGUUAACUGCGACCAGAGGAACGUCAGCGAUGUGGACACCUUGGCCGUUAACGUCCUCAACGCAUCGCAGGACCUGAUGGAGUUCUUGAGCGUCAACGGCAGCGAGUGCUCCGUGGUGCUCUUCUUCACGGCCUGGUGCCAAUUCUCGGCCGGCCUGGCGCCGCACUUCAACGCAUUGCCUCGAGUCUUUCCUGCCGUGCACUUCCUGGCCCUGGACGCCUCAACGCACAGCAGCCUAUCGACGCGUUUCGGGACGGUGGCGGUGCCCAACAUCCUCCUCUUCCAAGGGGUCAAACCCAUGGCUCGCUUCAACCACUCCGAGAGAACCCUGGACACACUGGCCUCCUUCAUUACCAACCAGACGGGGUUGGAGGCGGGGCCGGAAAGGAACGUGACGGCGGCCGACCACCUGGGCCCGCUGGCCGGCGUGCCCGUCGCAGGUGUCGAUUGGCUGCUGGUCUUCUCCGUGCUCUUCAUCGCCAGCUUCACCGCCUACGGGAUCCUACGCGCCGACAGCAUCCGCUGGCUCAUCCCGGGACAUGAGCACGAACAUCAGGACUGACUCAAACGCUGGAGUGAACGGACGCUCCCCUUUUCACGAUUGGUUUCAUGGAGAACAUUUCUAGUAUAGGUGCUGCGGUGAGGCCGCUGAGCAAGUGUG